AUGGAAGCCGCCAUCCGCUGGUCUCNNCCCCUCUCGACCCCUGAUGAAGCUCGCUUUUUGCUGGCCGAUGUCGCCGGCAAUGCCCUUACCCUGUACCAGACCCAGUCCUUGAAUAGACAUGGCAUUCAGUACAAGCCCAUAGCUCGUCGUGAGAAAGUCAACAACUUCACUGCUUUCGACUGGUCAAGGACCGAUGACUCGCUCGUAGCUCUGGGCCUGUCAUCAGGCAAUGCUGAGCUAUAUAGAUUUGAUGAUUCUGCUUCGUCCGAUCCUGUCGCCCUGUUCAAUAUCAAAACUCAGCGAAGAUGCAACACUAUUGCUUUCAACACCCAGAAUUUGCUUGCUGUCGGAUUAGAUCGAGUCAGACAUGACAACUGUCUGACCGUCUAUGACAUCCAAUCCAAUGAAGCAUAUUCGAGAUUAUGUGUCUCUGAAGCCGUCACCAGUCUCCGCUUCUUUCCCAACCAUCCGCAACAGAUGCUCGCUGCUGUUUCACGUCAAACCAUCCGUUUGUACGAUUUGAGAGGUAAGCUUCGACACCAAUCCGUGGAGCAUACUAGUCUCUAUACAUACACUAACGUCUUGAAUANNGAUUCGUCAACCACAACUGCAGGAUUGGGCAACUGCGGCGUUACGAAGCUGGUCAACAACAUUGCUAUCGAUCCUUUGGACGAGAACUACUUCGCUUCCGGUGGCUCAACCGGAGAUCCGUCCGUGACUGUAUGGGACAAACGCUAUCUUUCUCGCCCGAAUAGUGCAGCGGGCGUCGAUGCUACCAACAAUGGAGCAGUCCUUGACCUUCGUCCAGCAACGGACAACAGCCAGACUACUAGCGUCUGGAGCAUAAGGUACUCCGGUCAGAAAAGAGGUCGUUUUUGUGUCUUGUCCAGCACCGGAGAAGUCAAAUUGUACGAUACAGCGCAGCAUAAAGUGCACUCGAAGUUGCGACCAGCAUCGGUGAACUACUACGGUGGCAAUCCUUGGAACCAACCUCACUAUGUUGCACGCACGCACAGCCUGCGAGAACCUGAAAGCGGCCCUCGUAAAGACAGAGCAUCAAACAGAGUCAUCGCAUUCGAUUGGAUCUCUACAGAUGACCGAGGCUCUCAAGCCAUCUUGACCUUGCACUCGAACCGUGACGUUGGCCUAAUAUAUACUCCUAGUCCCAGUCAUGUUGAAAUCACUGGACGAGGAGAUCUGUCUAUCUAUAACACGGCGUUGUCGCUGUACGAACCGAAAGACCAGCAUUCGUCUGUCGCCCAGGAAGUCAGAGCAUUGCGAAAGGCCUCGGAAAGUGCAAGCCCAAAGCAGGACGAGCAAUACACAAGCAAGGUCCCCACUCCGGCCUCUGGACCAGCACAACUAGACCACCGCAAUCUCAAAUCACUGAAUGGAUCCAACAAAGCUGUCGCCGCUAGGACGGAGGAAUGGCUGGAUGACAGUAUGAGGAAGGCACCUCAGGUUGUUCGCAACGAAAGGGUCGUGGAUUUGCUGGCUCUAUCGAAUGUUUCGCGAAGACGUUGUCAAGAAGGCUACCUCUUCGACCCCACGCGGAAUAUUGAGAUUGUAGCCGAAGACUCAGCUUUGAUCAAACUAUGGGGAACCAUCAAAAGAUUCGAAGACCUGGCUCGAGACGGUGGUAUGGCGUCGGACACUCUUGACUUGAGCUAUCUCGGCGUGAGCAAUAUUUGGGAGAGCAAAUUGGGCAAUGGACCAAACAGGGUAACGGCCGCCCAUAAUGUUGUGCCAGAGCGAUUUGAAGACGUGGUACGUGAUAUUCUCGAACGUCACAGUCUACCCGAGUUCGUGGGAGUACGAACAGAGAAACCAGACCAACGACAACUCUGCCUGGCCUUGUGUGGAUGGGACUUCUCACACGAGCACACGAAAGAGCGAUGCGACUACCUUGUCAAGAAGCAGCGCUACUACGAAGCCGUGGCCACUGCCAUGUUUAGGGGACGCAGAACCAUUGCUCUGGAGAUUCUUCGUGACUUGAUCCGGGAACGGACGAUCCAAAACAUUGGACUAGGUGCCUUGAUAGCAUCAGACUCACUGAAUGACGAGCAACGAGAGAUGUGCCGCUGGAUGGAAGAAGAUGCAACAGACCCAUACCUACGCUCCCUACUAAUCUACCUGGCCAGCAACGACUGGCUCGACGUAGUCCACAAACUCGACGCAGAUAUUAAGCUCUCAGACCGCAUAGGCAUCGCCAUCAAACACCUCAGCGACAGCCAAAUCUCAACCUUCCUAUCUCAAACAAGCACUUCUCUGGUCAGCAACGGAAACGUAGAAGGCAUUCUGCUCACAGGCCUAACCGAGAAAUCCAUGGCACUCUUCCAAUCCUACAUCCGCCGCACUUCUGACCUUCAGACCGCUGUGCUAGCCACAGCCUUCACAAACCCUCUCUAUGUCGAUGACCCUCGCUGGGAAAUGUGGAAAGAGACGUAUUUCUUGCAAAUGCAGUCCUGGCGCGCCUUUAUCGAACGCACAAAGUUUAGUAUGCAGCAUACCCGCCGCGCCGUCACUCGUAACGGCAAGAAGCUCAUUCAGCCUCCACCAAGACAAUUGGCACUUCGAUGCGCACACUGUCAGCACUCGCUAGCUAAAGAGGAACACACUGCUCACGCACAUGGCAGCAGCACACCUGCCAAAACAGCACAGCAGACACGCAUUGCAGGUCCAGCUGCAAGUGCAGGAACAGUGUGUCCGCGCUGCGGUCGCCAUCUUCCACGCUGUUGUCUGUGUAUGCAAUGGCUAGGUACCCCUGAGCCCAUGCGUGCCAAAGAGGUUCAGAGUGGUGAGAAGGAGACAGAUGUGUUGAGUAAAUUCAUCACUNUUUGUGCUAGCUGUACGCAUGGAUUCCAUGCUCAUCAUGCGCGUACUUGGUUUGCCAGGCACGCCAUGUGUCCUGUGCCGGAUUGUCGAUGUCUAUGUGGGUUGAAGUAG